AUGAUACCACCACAACCAACAGUAACAAAGUUUAGAGUUAAAAAACCUACUGUAAAGUCAACUCCAAAUUCUGAACAAAUCCAGGAUAUAUCAAAGUUAACCAGUUGUCUUCGAUGCAGAAAACUAAAGAAAAAAUGUGACAAAGUUACCCCAGAAUGUCUAAAUUGUGAUAAAGCUGGAGAAGAAUGUACAUACGUUCCAAGAAAACAAAGAAGAGUUAAAAAUGAUACUAAAUCUCAACCACUGAAUGGUAAUGAAAGUAUCGAAUUACUGUCAUCAAGAUCUACAGAUUUCUCUUAUUCAACCCAACCACAAGGUCUGCAACAACCAGCUACUACUAUAACACCCAUACAAGAACCACUAUCUUUAUCUCCUCCAUCUAACUUAUUUUCACAUUUUAGCACAACUAAUACUCCUUCCACCGGUUCAAUAUCGUCAUCAAGAUCACAUACUCCGCCAAUUUUAAAUUCUAUAGAUGCACGUGCACCAAAUUUUCAUUCGUACCCAAAACAAAUCUCCAAAGUAUUGAUUAGUGCCGUAGGGAUCAAGACCAAUUCAAACAUUAGUAUUAUUCCUCCAAUAGCUGAUAAAGAAUUAUUGACAUCAAUUAUUGGGGCAUUCUUGCAACACAAUUAUCGUGUUUGUCCCCUUAUUUAUAAAAAAGAGUUUUUGGGCAAGUUUCAAAAAUUAUUCAGUGAUAAUUCAGUUGCAGAUUUAGAAUCAUAUGAUGAUCCUUUUGAAUUGUAUAUGGUAUUGGCUAUAGGAAGUACAGGGUUGGAAAGAACAGGUAUUAUCAGUAGAGACAAGAAAAUUUCUGAGUAUUUUGUUUCCAUGGCAUUAACUCAUGUUCAUAACAAUUUAUCCACCAAUGAUUUAGUAAAUGUGAGAAAUUUGACUUUAUUAGCUGUUUAUUCAUUUUUCAAUCCAGCAGAGUAUACCUCGUGGGAAAUUAUGGGGAAAGUUACCAGAUUGGCGAUUCAUUUAGGUAUGAAUCAUAAAGUCCCAGAUUUUGAUUCUAAAAAUUUGACUGCCCAACAAUUGGAGAUGAGAUAUAGAUUAUUCUGGUCCGUGUAUAACCUUGAUAGAUUAAGUUCAGUUUCCCUUGGACGACCAGUUGCAAUCCACGAUGAUGAUAUCAACGUGCCAUUCCCACAAAUACUAGAUGAUGACGAAACAGAAGAUAUCGCUGUGAACAGAUUAAUCAUUAACUUAAGAAAACUUGAAGGCACAGUGUUGAGAAAAGUACAUUCUGUGAAUAUUUAUAAGAAUUUUGCAAAUACAGCUAAACUGCAAGAUGAGGUUUGUCAAGUGAUCCUUUCUGAUUUAAGACAAGAAAUUGAAGCUUGGUAUGACCAAGCGAAAUCAUUGGAUAGAGCAAAUACUUCAGCCAGACAUUCCGUGUCAUUCCAUGUUCUGAUUCCUUGGUAUGCAGCUAGAUAUCAUCAUUUAUUGAUUCUUUUAUACCGUCCAUCAUACUUGAACCCACAUCCUUCUCAAGAUCUUCUUGAUACUCUUGGAAAAUCUUGUCUUGAAACUUUGGCUUAUACUUAUAAGCUAUUCAAAGCAAAAUUAUUACCAUUGAAUUGGACUACAUUAUAUCGAUUUUUAAUGGUUUGUACAACCAUCUUGUAUUGUUUGUGUAAAUGGGCAAUCGACUUGAUGGAAUCCAAAACUGAGAUAUGUUAUUGUAUUGAAAUAUUCCAAGCUUUUGGAAGUGAUUGGAUUGUUGCCAAAAAAUGUGCUGAAGUUUUUAAAAAAAUAGAAAAUAAGUUGUUAGAAAUCACCCUUAGUGAUGGACAUGUCAGUGAUAUGGAUAAUUUAUCAAAAGAGUUGUUAGGUGCAAGUUCAUCCUAUCAUGAAAUUUUGAAUGUUCAUUCAGUUGAUUUAUGUAUUGACAGUGAGUUUAUGUAUAAAUUUUAG